UGAAAAUGACCACAUGUGUUCAUAAUAUGCGCUCAUUCUGGGAAUAUUUUGUGCUUAAAUUGAUGCAUCAACGUUUCCAUAUUGCUUAAAUAUAAAACUUAUACGUAUAUCACUUUUAAGACUUUUAGGCUAUAACCGCGGUAGCAGUGGCAUUAGUCCGGUGUCAACAUAUAACUGUGUUGUCGUUGUUGCACUAUAGUGAUCUAUACAGUGUUGCUCCCACUUCACUGCCAAACCUAGUUUACGUACGGUGCUCACCAUGGGACACACCAGCGUGGAUAAGAUUAUUGCACUGCAAAAAAGCCCAGCAAACACCAGAAACCUUUGCAUUCUUGCACAUGUUGAUCAUGGUAAAACUACGCUGGCUGAUUGCUUGGUAGCAAGUAAUGGUAUCAUAUCAAGUCGACUGGCUGGUAAAUUAAGGUAUCUGGACAGCAGGGAAGAUGAACAGAUCAGAGGGAUCACCAUGAAGUCCAGUGCUAUCUCUCUGCAUUAUAAAAAAGGGGAUCAGGAGUACUUACUAAAUCUUAUCGACUCUCCUGGUCAUGUCGACUUCUCCUCAGAAGUUUCCACUGCUGUCCGGCUGUGUGAUGGUGCUAUUGUUGUUGUUGAUGCUGUCGAGGGCUUGUGUCCACAGACCCAGGUUGUGCUCCGUCAGGCGUGGCUGGAGAACAUCAGGCCAGUCCUGGUUAUCAAUAAGAUAGACCGACUUAUCAUGGAGCUGAAACUCACCUCUCAGGAAGCUUACAGCCACCUUCAGAAGAUCUUGGAACAGGUGAAUGCAGUGACAGGGGCGUUGUUCACAUCCAGAGUGCUGGAGGAGCGAGCAGAGAAAGAGAAGGAGGAGGAGAUAGAAAAAGAGAUGUUGAGUGGAGAUCAGCUAUAUGAUUGGAGCGCCGGGCUGGAGGAGGCUGAUGACUCCCUUCUCUACUUUUCUCCUGACCAAGGAAAUGUAGUCUUUGCCAGUGCAAUAGAUGGAUGGGGCUUCAGCAUCCAGCAAUUUGCUGAAAUCUACAGCCAGAAAAUGGGAAUAAAGGCAGAGGUGCUGCUCAGAACCCUGUGGGGGGAUUUCUACCUGAAUGCAAAAGCAAAAAAGAUCAUGAAAGGAGCUCAGGCCAAAGGAAAGAAGCCACUAUUUGUGCAGCUUGUGCUCGAUAACAUUUGGAGUUUAUAUGAUGCAGUUGUCAUCAGAAGAGACAAGGAGAAGGUGGAGAAGGUGAUGACUUCACUAGGAAUAAAGGUGUUGGCCAGAGACUCUCGUCACUCUGACCCCAAAGUACUACUUUCUGCCAUCUGUGCCCAGUGGUUACCAGUGUCCCAGGCUGUCUUAUCAAUGGUGUGUGAAAAGCUUCCUAGCCCCUUAGACAUGGUGUCAGAGAGGGUGGAGAAACUGAUGAGUGUUGGUGUGCGGCUGUUUGAUUUAAUGCCGAAACAGACGCAGGAACUCAAAAGAGCAUUCCUGCAGUGCUCAAGUGCGGAAAAUGCUCCAGUCAUCAUCUUUGUGUCCAAGAUGUUUGCUGUGAACACCAAGGCAUUGCCGCAGAACAAACAGAGGCCAUUGACACAGGAGGAAAUUGCCCAGCGCAGAGAGAUAGCCAGACAGAGACAUGCUGAAAGGAUGGUUACUGAUCAGACACCAACAGAGAGCCACAAAGAACCUACCCACUCACAGACUAAAUCACUGGAAGGCAAACCCUCAGGACUCAGCACAGCUAAUAUGACAAUACAAGACUCAAAGCCAGAGGAGGAAGAUGAGCAGAAAGAGGCCUUUGUAGCGUUUGCACGGGUCUACAGUGGGACGGUCAGGAAAGGACAGAAAGUGUUUGUUCUGGGGCCAAAGUAUGACCCUGCCCAGGGCCUGAGCAUGUUGCCAGAGGGUUGUACCGCCUCAGACUCUGUGCUUCAGGUGCCUCAUCUGUCCUGUUGUUCAGUGGAAAGCCUCUACCUGCUGAUGGGCAGAGAGCUAGAGGAGCUGGAAGAGGUGCCAGCAGGAAACGUCCUGGGUAUUGGAGGUCUGGAGGAGUACAUCCUAAAGUCUGCCACCCUGUCAUCUUCCCCCGCCUGUCCACCCUUCACUCCGCUCAACUUUGAGGCCACACCCAUUGUUCGAGUUGCCAUUGAACCCAAACAUCCUAGUGAGAUGCCACAGCUGGUGCGUGGGAUGCGCUUGUUAAACCAGGCAGAUCCUUGUGCUGAGGUUCUGAUCCAGGAAACGGGAGAACAUGUCCUGGUCACUGCUGGUGAAGUUCAUCUCCAGCGCUGCCUUGAUGACCUUCGGGAUCGGUUUGCUCGAAUUGAAAUCAGCUCAUCCAAGCCCAUCAUUCCAUUCAGAGAAACAGUGAUUCGACCUCCCAAAUUGGACAUGGUGAAUGAAGAGCUGGGCAAGCAGCAGAAAAUAGCCAUAAUUCAUCAGGUUAAGGAUGAUGCCUCUCAGGGUCGUUCGUCUACAACCCUACAUGUGGACACCAGUGGUCUCGUCACCCUGACAACUCCGAACAGACUGGCAACUAUCAGCAUUCGGGCAAUUCCCCUACCUGAUGAAGUGACCUGUCUCUUGGAGAGUAGCACAGAGUUGAUUCGGACUCUGGAGCAGGUAAACAUCUCACUGAGGGAAGGAAGGAGUAUAAACAUCAGCCCCAGAACCCUUGAAGCCAUCGCUGGACUCAAGGCCCAGCUGGAGAGCAUUCUGCAGGGGAGGAAGUGGAGAAACGCUGUAGAGCGUAUCUGGUCCUUUGGGCCACGCAGAUAUGGACCCAACAUUCUGCUGAACAAUGUGGAGGACUAUAAUCGGCCCUCAGUGUGGCAGUGUCUGGGUAAGGGAGCUGAUGAUGAUAUAGGUCAGACAGUUGUUAUACGAGACUUUGAUAACAGCAUCAUCAGUGGGUUCCAGCUUGCAACUCUGUCAGGACCCAUGUGUGAGGAGCCCCUGAUGGGAGUUUGCUUCUCUGUGGAGAGGUGGGACAUUCAGUCUUCAGCCUUUCCGCAACAUCAGGACUCCUUAGAAGAGGACUCUAUAUUCCAUGAGGCAUUAGCAGACAACAAAUUGAAAGGAAGCUGCGAGGCAUUUGCACCGUCAGAGGGCACAUCAGUUGGGCCAAGCCAGGUGCGAUGCAGGCCUGAGGCCGCCUCUACGGACUGCUACGGGCCCGUGUCUGGUCAGCUGAUCGCUGCCAUGAAGGAGGCUUGUCGUCACGCAUUCCAGGCUCAGCCUCAGAGACUCAUGGCUGCAAUGUAUACCUGUGAGAUUAUGGCCACAGCUGAGGUGUUAGGCCGAGUUUAUGGUGUACUAGGAAAGCGAGAGGGUCGUGUCCUCCAUGAGGAGAUGAAGGAGGGGACAGACAUGUUUACCAUCAAGGCUGUACUACCUGUGGCUGAGAGCUUUGGAUUUGCUGAUGAGAUCCGCAAGAGGACCAGUGGAUUGGCCAGUCCUCAACUAGUCUUCAGCCACUGGGAGGUGAUUGCCAGUGAUCCAUACUGGGUUCCUACCACAGAGGAAGAAUACCUGCAUUUUGGGGAGAAAGCUGAUUCUGCCAACCAGGUCCUCAAAUACAUGAAUGCUGUCCGCCGUCGCAAAGGCCUGUACGUGGAAGAAAAGAUUGUGGAGCAUGCAGAGAAGCAGAGAACACUCGGAAAGAACAAGUAGAGGAAAAAUUUUUUUUUCUAAUGAAUCAGGUUUUUUUCUUUAAGCAUGUUCAUGCAAAUAAAGAUAGCACAAGCUUUGUGGCCCCUUUGAUGUCAAAUAAUGAGUAAAUGAAUGUGUUGGAAUUUAACAUCAAUUGUCAAGGCUUAAAACAUCAGGGCUUUAAUCCCCAUCAUGACCAUUAAGAUAGAAUUAUGCAUACAGAAUUAAAUGGCUGGCAAACAACUGUCUCCAGACACUGACGAUUAACAAGAAAUAAAAUAUACAUUCAAAUCA